GAUGCAAUUGACUAUGCAAUUUAUGGUAUAAUUGAAAAAGUAAAGUAUCCAACCGAUGAACGUGUUAUAGAUAUUUGCUAUAAUGCAUUAUCAGAUACAAAAAAUGAUGAAUUUCAAAACAAAAUAAAAAAUUGUG